CUCUUUCUCAACGGUCGAAUUUCAAAACGUUUCCCUAUUCUCUCUCUAGCUCUUAAACGAAGAGUUUGAAAUCUUGCAAUCUCUUAAAAUUCAUCUCAUUUUAGAACCAAUUUUGAGAUCUUUUUUCUGAAUUGUCACAACGCAGGUAAUUCUUCGGUUAAAUUUCCAGGUUGAAGUUACUUCCAAAUGUCGAACGGUCAAAGCGAUCCACUAUUGCAAAUGGAAACAACAUGUGGAUCUCUUCUAUAUGAAUUGCAGAUAAUAUGGGAUGAAGUAGGAGAGUCGGAUGCUGAAAGGGAUAGAAUGUUGCUUGAGCUAGAACGGGAAUGCUUGGAGGUGUACAGAAGAAAAGUAGAUCAGGCAAACAGGUGUAGAGCUCAGAUUAGGCAGGCAAUUGCUGACUCUGAAGCUGAACUUGCUGCCAUCUGCUCAGCAAUGGGAGAGCGACCAGUACAUAUUAGGCAGUCUGACCAAAAUCUUGGAAACUUGAAGGAAGAACUUAGAGCCAUUCUUCCACAGAUAGAGGAAAUGCGGAAGAGGAAAUGUGAUAGAAAGAAUCAAUUUGUAGAGGUUCUGGAGCAAAUACAGAAGCUUAAGCAUGAACUUUCUAAUUCAAGUGGGUACAUUUCUACUACUUUGGUAGUGGAUGAAGCCGAUUUGUCUCUAAGAAAGCUUGAAGAAUUGCAAAGAGAGAUGCUGGCACUUCAAAACGAAAAGAGUGAACGUCUGAAGCAGGUUCUCGAUCACCUCAAUUCUUUGAAUUCAUUGUGCUUGGUUCUUGGUAUGGAUUUCAAGCAAACUGUCAGUGAGGUUCAUCCCAGUUUAGGAGAUCCUGAAGGUUCAAAAAAUAUUAGUCAUGAUACCAUACAGCAAUUAGCGGCUGCUAUUCAAAAGCUUAGAGAGAUUAAGAUACAAAGGAUGCAAAGGCUGCAAGAUCUUGCCAUGUCCUUGCUGCAACUGUGGAACCUGAUGGAUACACCGCUUGAAGAGCAACAAGUUUUUCAGAAGGUCACUUGUAAUGUAGCAGCUUCAGAAAACGAGAUUGUGGAGCCAAACAUGCUGUCUAUAGACAUUAUUACUUUUGUCGAGAAAGAGGUUUCUCGGUUGGAAGAGUUGAAAACAAGCAAAAUGAAGGAGCUUGUUCUGAAAAAGAAGUCGGAGCUAGAAGAUAUUUGUAGGAAAACACAUCUGAUUCCAGAAACCGAUAGUUCAUUGGACAUUGCUAUUGAAGCUAUUGAAUCUGGAGCUGUUGAUGCAACUUAUGUGCUUGAAAAAAUUGAGGUUGAAAUAGCUAAAGUUAAAGAAGAAGCAUUUAGCAGGAAGGAUAUCCUCGACAAGGUUGAGAAGUGGAUGGUUGCAUGCGAGGAGGAGAGCUGGCUUGAGGAGUAUAAUAGGGAUGAAAAUCGUUACAAUGCUGGGAGAGGUGCUCAUCUUACAUUGAAACGCGCUGAGAAAGCUCGCGUCUUGGUCAAUAAACUUCCAACAAUUGUGGAUGCAUUGGCUUCUAAAACAUCAUCUUGGGAGAAUGAGAGAGGAAUUGAAUUCACUUACGACGGCGUUCGUCUUCUUUCCAUGCUUGAAGAGUAUAACAUUUUAAGGCAAGAAAAAGAGCAAGAACGCAAAAGGCAAAGGGACCAGAAGAAACUGCAAGGGCAAUUACUAGCAGAACAGGAGGCUCUUUAUGGUUCAAAACCGAGCCCUAUGAAGAACCAGAGUACGAAGAAAGGACCUAGAUUGUCAUGCGGUGGUGCAAGCAACAGAAGACUUUCUCUUGGCGGCACAAUUCUACAAACUCCUAAGCAUGAUAUGCUUCACUCCACCAAAGCUACUCCUAAUACACGUCAUGCCAAGAAAAAUGACCGGUUGAGUCAUGACAACCCCACCAGGGAUGAUAGAUUUCAAGCUAUGUCAUCCGGACGGAGGGGUCUAGACAUAGCUGGUCUUCCUCUGAAACCACAUUCUUUAAAUCCAACAAAUGCUCAUGAAAUAGAGUUGCCAAUUAUGCGAAAGCCUUUCUCUCCCAUUUCUUCCACGGACUCUUCAAAAUCCAAAGCAACAAAUAUUUUGGAAGAUCUGAACACAAAACAUAAUGAGAUGUUGCAGAAGACACUUACAAGCAACAAUACAUCACCAUUCACAACUCCUUCCAAGACGAUUUCUACUAUGGAUGAAGAGAACAGAACCCCCAAAACAAUGGCAAUUCCAAUGCCUUCUACACCUUCCACAGUUUCAGUUCCAAUGCUGACAGCUAUCACACCAGCUCCUUGUGUACCCAAGUCAAUGGAAGAUGAAGAUAUUGAAUACUCGUUUGAGGAGAGGAGAGCAGGAUUUGUGCUUCCCAAAGACCAUCGAAAGUCUUUGGUCCAAAUUUGACACAUUUCAAGAUCUUGAGAUUCCUAUUAUAUAUAGUCUGGAUCUUGUGAUUGUAAGUCAAUUCUAUUGGCUUUUCCAAUGUAUACAUGGUCUAAAAACAAUUGAAGGUGGACGAUAUUGUGUUUAUUCUAGCUGUUGUGAUACUCUCCUAGCACUAUGAUCACUAGAGAAGUCUGAAAGUGGUAGUGUUCUUAUGGUAGCUAUUAACUAUAUUCUAGUUUGAGUUGAUAUGCCCAACCUCUGGCAUCCUUCAUUUACGGUUAGGAGGUGAUUUUAUUUGCUUUCUCAAUGAGUGUAUUCAAUUGGGACUUUUGAAAACUUUGAUGAA